GUCUAUGAGAAAGGGCUGAAUGGUGCAAAGGGCCCCGUUUGGCAUACGACUCGGAUCCUCGGAUUCAGUGCGCUCUGCCACAGAGGACCGCAGAGCUUGACUUCAUAAGCGCAGUCAUUUGGCGAGUGCAACGCAAUUUGUAAUCAGUCUUUGGGUGAACAGUAGGGGUCUGAGGACCGAGUCUGAGAAAAAGAAACAAGUGGCUGGGGACUAGUUCCAGAGACCUCCAACAGCACUGCUGAGGAACCUAACCUCUCUACCUCGACCACACCUUCCCUGGCAGCAAUGACUAACUCCACAGCCGUGACCUCCAGUGACCUCUCCCUGAACAUGUCCACGCUGAGUUCGAAUCCUUGGACCCGACCCCCCUGGUACCUACACCCUGAGUGCUCCGUAGCCCCGUACGCAUUUGUCUUCUACUUCGGCGUCAAAGUCUUCAACCUGGCAAUAGGCACACCCUGCAACAUCUUGGUGCUGUGGCAGAUUGCCAGCAGGAAGAGCGACUCGUCCACUUCUGACAUCUUCAUCUUUAACCUGGCCGUCCUGGACACAUACUUCUGCAUCAUGGGGCCGAUAGAUAUCAUCAACAGGCUGGUUCUGAAUGACCAAGGACUCUGGUACUUCCAACGCUUUGCCUACGGACUCAAAGACACUGCACCUCUCUUCCUGUCUUUUGAUGCAGAAAAGAAAACUGAGGGAUGUAGCUGAGGACCGAGACUGAAGAAGGAAGCAAGUGACAGGAGGGACAUAUCCAACAUACUAUUAAGCAACAAUGACUAACUCCACAGCCAUGACCUCCAGUGACCUCUCCCUGAAGAUGUCCACCCUGAGUUCAGAUCCUUGGACCCGACCCCCCUGGUAUCUACACCCGGAGUGCUCUGUGGCCCCGUACGCAUUUGUGUUUUACUUCGGCGUCAAAGUCUUCAACCUGGCAAUAGGCACCCCCUGUAACAUCUUGGUACUGUGGCAGAUCGCCAGCAGGAAGAGCGACUCGUCCACUUCUGACAUCUUCAUCUUUAACCUGGCCGCCCUGGACACAUACUUCUGCCUCAUGGGGCCGAUAGAUAUCAUCAACAGGCUGGUACUGGACCACCAAGGCAUCUGGUACUUCCAACGCUUCGCUUAUGGGCUCAAAGACACUGCACCGCUCUUCCUGGUGUGUAUCUGUCUAGACCGCUAUGUUGCCGUGGUCCACCCCAUCCUGUUCACUGGUAUCCGCAACAACCGGAUCCGUGUUGGUGUUUCUGUGUUUAGCUGGGCCCUCAUCUUGGCCUACGCCCUCACCAAGAGCAUUCUGGGAGUCAUGUCUGUCAACGAGAUCUUCAGUGGGCUCAUCCUGUUCUCCUUCGCCCUAAUGAUCUACUGUAACCUCUCCAUCAUAUGGGUGCUACGCCGCUCUGUGGCUGGGAAGGAGGUGAUGCACCCGGUGAAGAAGAAAGCUUUCAAAAUGGUGCUGGUCAUCUUGGGUAUCAUCUUCUUCAACUACCUUCCUCCAGUGGCUCUUGUUCCAUUCUACUCGUACUACACGUUUGUCCAGUUCCAAUGUCAGGUGUCUACAAGUGUCUAUUCUAUUAUGGAUCUGAGUUCUAGUAUCGAGCCACUGCUGCAUAUUACCAAGAUGGACAGCCCAGCAUGUUUAUCGGACUGGUGCUGUGGGGGGGACAAGCAUCACCAAGAAGCCUUUUGAAUUUGAUGGGAAGGUAUAGAUCGGUUAACAAUGUCAGACUCUCCAUCUAGUUAGUUUAACCAAAUCUUAACCAUACUGUUAAUCCAAUUCCUUACUCUAUAAAAUUAAAGGAAGACAAAACAUUGAAUUUCUGUUUGCACAAUUGUAGCAAUGCAUAUUUAAAUAUAUUUCAACGCAAAUGUA